CAGUACUGCCUGCUGAACACAGCGUAGUAGGGUUCAGAUGAUGCCCUCUUUGUGAAAAGGGAUUUAAUCUCAAUUUUACAUUUCAAAACAGGAAAUAUUUUAAAAAGAUGGAGGAACUUUUGAAAAAUGAAACGGUCAAGAAAAAAAUUAAGGGGCUUUCCAUUGAAAUACGGAAAGCCUUCAUUGAAUCUCUACUUGACUUAUUUGAACAAGAGACAGAAGACAUGAUAGACGCCAUUGAAGAAAGCAGGAUGGAACUUCGGGGAACCAUGCUGGAUUUUGAAGACGAAACCGAACAACUGAGAGCCGAGUCUCGAAUGCUUGAACAACGACGAAUUGAAUACGAAAAGCAAGCGGUCGAUAAGUAUCUGGAAAAGAAAGGACGAAAAAGUCAAGCUUCCAGAGCCUCUUCUAGAAUUUCAAUCGUUAACGAAAGAGAUGAUGCUAGAAGUCGAGCAGCUGUGGUGGACUAUAUCCGGAAAAAGAAGGACAGGACCGGAAGUUCUCUCAGUGUUCACAGUAACCCGAGCAUACAUUCCCCUAACAAUGAACGUCCUGUUAGCGUUAUCAGUUCCAGAAGUUUACCCACACCCGUCAUGUCACAGAAAACCAUCGAAGAGGAGACCGAUUUGAUAAUGAAGAACAUGGCGGCUGCGGACCAUCAGAUGGAGUAUCAGAGACACCGUCACGCCGAGAUGUUAGAGAAGAGGCGACAGGAACGGGCAGUCAAAAAGAAGACCACAGAAGAGAAGGCCUUGGAAUUACUGGAGAAGGCCCUACUGGUGGACAAACAACUGGCAGCCAAGAAAGAAAUACAGAACCGGAAGCUACAGGAACGUUUGGAUGAAAUGAAAAAAAAGAAGGAACGCAAAAGGAUUCUCUUCACGUGCUACUUCAAGAGCUGACGACUUGGGCCACACGAACGAAGCUUUUGAAGACCUUGAAAAAUACUAAUUAAAUCAAAAAUGAUACCGGCAAAGUGUUCAGUCCGGAAAACUUCAACAAACACAUGUAUCAUCUCUAACUCUAAACUGCUGUCCAUUAUAGCUUGGGAUUAGACUGAUAUAGGUCCCAACAUAACAGCCUUACCUCAAAAAAUUGACUGAACAGUUUGUGACUGUGAUAAAAUAAAAGAAGGAAAUUUGCAAUUCUACAUUUAAUUUAUUUUUCAAUAAUGUUAAUCAUAUAAGAUGCCAUUAUCAGAGAUAGUAUUUUAUUUUGACAAAUUGUACAUCUUUUUUAGAAUGAAAAAUAAUUACUUUUGAAACUCAACAGGCUCUUGAAAAGUUUUCUUUAACUGCUUGAUUUUAGUGACUUUUUAAUGUUUUGAAAUUCUACUGUUUAAGAGAACGAGAGAGAGAGAGAGAGAGUGCAUUUAAUAGAUUUACCUAAUUUUAUUUUGUUGUGAAUUGUCAGGUAAUACGAUGAGACAUAUCAAUCGACUACUGUAUAUAGUAACAUGCAGUUAUAAACAUCAAUUUUCAUAUUUUGAGACAUCAGAAUUAUUUGUUGAAAAUGAUUUGUUUGUAGUUGUAAUACAUUUUAGGAAAAUCCA